UAAUUUGAUGUAUGUCGAUCGAACAAGCAAGCGAAUCUAAGCGAUCGAUAAAAAUGGCGGCAGUGAAAAUUUACUGCCUGGCUCUCUGCCUGAUGAGUACUGCAGUGGCGGCCAAUCAGCUCCGUGUCGGCUUCUACGCCCAGACCUGCCCGAGGGCCGAGACGCUCGUCCGGCAAGCCCUGAACGAUGCCCUCCGCAGCGACGCCGGCAUCGGCGCUGACCUUCUUCGGAUGCACUUCCACGAUUGUUUCGUCAGAGGCUGCGAUGGGUCGAUUCUCUUGGAUUCGGUCAACGGGAACUCGGUGGAGAAGAACGCGGGUAUCAACCAAUCCAUCGAGGAUGAAGCAUUCGACGUCGUAGACCAGGCCAAAGUCAACGUGGAAGCUGUCUGCCCCGGCGUCGUCUCCUGCGCUGACAUUCUCGCUUUCCUUGCCCGAGACAGCGUUGCCCAUUAUGGAGGAUGGUUCUAUGCGGUUCCUGCGGGAAGAAGAGACGGCCGGAUAUCGAUAUCGAGCGAGAGCACGUCCAAUCUCCCGACAGAGAAUUUCCGACUCGGUCAGCUCGUUCAGAACUUCAAGAACAAAGGGUUGAGCCCGUCGGAGAUGGUCACGCUCUCAGGAGCACACACGAUUGGGGUGGCGCACUGCGUUGCCUUCACCCGCAGGCUCUACAACUCCAGCUCGAGCACGGGCGUCGACCCGACGCUGGACCCGACGUACGCGGCGCAGCUGCGGCGGAGCUGCCCGACGUUGACGACCGACGAGGAGGUGCCGAUGGACCCGCCGAGCCAGUUCGGGUUCGACAACAGCUACUACCAGGGAAUCCUGAGGAACAGGGGGCUGUUCACGUCGGACCAGUCGCUGCUGACGGCGCCGUUUUCGGCGGCGCAGGUGAAUCUGUUCGCGAGAAACUCGGCCAGCUUCCAGAGCAGCUUCGCGGCGGCGAUGGUGAAGAUGGGCAACAUCGGCGUCCUGACGGGGUUCAACGGAGAGAUUCGUAAAAAAUGCAGAGUGGUCAACUGAAUCCAACAAAUCCCAAAGUAAUUAAGAAACGUAAAACGAGACCCAAGUGUUUGUAACUCUUAUUAAUUUGUAUGAAUAAAAACGUUGAAGACGUGUGUGUUUCA